AUGCUUGCCAAGAUUAUCUCCCUGAUCGCUUUCGCCGCUCUGGCCAUGGCAGCCCCCCAGAGCCCUGACUUUGGUCGUGAUCCUGACAAAAACGGCGACCGUACCGCGCAGAUGGCGCGUGUUGAGCAACUGCGGGCCCAGGGCCUCAACUGCAAUGAGGCUGCUCAGGGUUCAUUCGUCUGCUCUGAUGGCUUUGGUGGAGACUGGUACGUUCAUCUUCCGAGCAUGUUAUGGCACUUACUUCACCAAGCGUGGAGGUCAGGAACCAAGGACUGA